AUGUUCGCUUCGAAAUUGCGCUAUAGAAAUGGAAUUGUUGGAAGAAAGUUACUCUCGCUUCAUCAUCUAUACUCAACACAAACUUGUACUUAUGGUAUAUGUUUAGACAUUGAUGGAGUUUUGAUAAAGGGAAAUCAAGCAAUACCGCGGGCAAAGAAAGCCUUAGAAUUUUUAUCCGGUGAAAAUGUUUUACAAAAAAAGAUUCCUUUCGUGGUACUCUCUAACGGUGGUGGGCUGACAGAAGCCAAAAAAGCAGAGAGUUUGACAAAUAUGAUCAAUUUUCCAAUCUCUCCGAAACAACUCGUUCUCGCACAUUCUCCUAUGCGAUCAUUAGUCUCAAAAUAUCAAGAUUCCUUAGUUUUGAUAGUGGGCGGGGCCGGUUAUUCAUGUGCAGAAGCAGUAAUACCAAAUGAUAUUAUGCGAUGGGAACCAACUAUUUGGCCGUAUGCAUCAAUUAUGCAAGGAAGCUCGGAAACACCGGAAUACGAUUUUUCCAAACAAGCAAUACAAGCUAUAAUGAUGUUUCAUGAUUCACGUGACUGGGGCCGCGACAUGCAAAUUAUGUUAGAUGUGCUACAAUCCAAGGACGGAUAUAUCGGCACAUUGAUACCCGAAGCGGAAGAAAUCUUGCAUCAAAUUCCUCUUUAUUUUGCCAAUCCUGAUUUUGUUUGGUCCACUGAAUUUCCAAUCCCUCGUUUUGGACAAGGUGCUUUUCGAAUAGCAUUUGCAAGACUAUUUGAGGAAGCGACAGGCAAAAAACUCAAAUACGAGUUAUUUGGGAAACCAGAGACCCCUAUAUAUAGAUAUGCAGAAAGUCUACUCGCCGAUCAGGCCUAUGAAAUUUGCAAAAGGCACACAUUACCUAAACAUAUUUAUGCUGUUGGUGAUAACCCUGCUGCAGACAUUGCUGGUGCCAAUGCACACAAUUGGAACUCGAUUCUAGUUCGAACAGGUGUAUUUCAGGGUAAGGAUAAUGACGUGCGAUUUCCAGCUGAUCAUGUGGCACAAGAUGUAUUCGAAGCGGUUGAAUAUAUGUUCCAUAAAGAAGAAGGAAGAUGA